AUGAAGAACAUUUCCUGGCUUGGUCCGAAACUUGUCAGUUUUGUGAGUCUUGGCUGCAUAUGGAUUUCUGUGGUACAGUGUACAGUUUUAAACAGCUGCCUAAAGUCAUGUGUGACUAACCUGGGCAGGCAGCUUGACAUUGGCAUGCCAUAUAAUCUGAGUGAACCGUGCAUCCAAGGAUGUCAUUUUUGGAACUCUGUAGAUCAGGAAAACUGUCCUUUAAAGUGUAACGACACAUAUACCACUGUUUGUGAGUGGUUUCUGAAGAACCAGCUCUUUGAAAAUGCAGACCUCCCCACAGCACCCUUUGCUUCUUCCAUCGGAAGCCAUAGUGUGACGUUACGAUGGAAAUCUGCCAACAUCUCUGGAGUCAAAUACAUCAUUCAGUGGAAAUACGCACAACUUCCUGGAAGCUGGACUUAUACUGAGGCUGUGUCCAAGCUCUCAUACACGGUAGAAUCCCUGCAUCCCUUCACUGAGUAUAUUUUUCGAGUGGUCUGGAUCCUCACAGCCCAGCUACAGCUGUCUUCUCUGCCAAGUCCCAGUUACAGGACUCAUCCUUAUGGAGUUCCGGAAACUGCUCCUUCCAUCAGAAAUAUCGAGAGCUCAAGUCCCGACACCGUGGAAGUCAGUUGGGCUCCACCACAAUUCCCAGGAGGACCUAUUUUGGGUUACAACUUAAGGCUGAUCAGCAAAAAUCAACAAUUAGAUUCAGGGACACAGAGAACCAGUUUCCAGUUUUACUCCACUCUACCAAACACCACCUACAGGUUUUCCAUUGCAGCAGUAAAUGAAGUUGGUGAGGGGCCAGAAGCAGAAUCUAGUAUUACCACUCCAUCCUCAGCAGUUCAAGAAGAGGAACAGUGGCUCUUUUUAUCCAGAAAAUCUUCUCUAAGAAAGAGAUCUUUAAAACAUCUGGUAGAUGAAGCACAUUGCCUUCAUUCAGAUGCUAUAUACAGUAAUAUUACAGGAAUAGCGAUUAAUGUCCACCAGCAAGUUGUGUAUUUCUCUGAAGGAGCUCUCAUAUGGGUGAAAGAGGUUGCCAACAUGUCUGAUGUGUCUGACCUGAGAAUUUUUUACAGAGGCUCAGGAUUAAUUUCUUCCAUCUCUGUAGACUGGCUUUAUCAGAGGAUGUAUUUCAUCAUGGAUGAACGGGUAUACACCUGUGAUUUAGAGAACUGCUCAAACACUGAGGAAAUUACUCCUCCGUCAAUUACCACACCUCAAAAAAUUGUGGCUGAUUCGUACAAUGGGUACGCGUUUUAUCUCCUGAAAGACGGCAUUUAUAGAGUAGAUCUCCCUGUGCCAUCUGGUCGGGACUCAGAAGCCCUGCAUAUUGUGGAGAGUUGCACAUUAAAGGACUUUGCAGUGAAGCCACAGUCCAAACGAAUCAUUUAUUUCAAUGACACCGCUCGUGUCUUCAUGUCAACGUUUCUGGACGGCUCUGCUUCCCAUCCUGUCCUAGCUCAUGUCUCCUUUGCCGAUGUGAAGAGCUUUGCCUGUGAAAACAAUGACUUCCUUGUCACAGAUGGCAAGGCUGUUUUCCAACAAGACUCUUUGUCUUUCAAUGAGUUCAUCGUGGGAUGUGACCUGAGUCACAUAGAAGAGUUUGGAUUUGGGAACUUGGUCAUCUUUGGCUCCUACACCCAGACGCACCCCAUGCCGGGCCGCCCCCAGCAGCUCUCCGUGCUCUUUGGCUCCCACCAGGCCCUGGUUCAGUGGAAACCCCCUGCCCUCGCCAUAGGAGCCAAUGUCAUCCUGGUCAGUAAUGUUGUUUAACUCUUCUCAUUAGGCCCCUCCGCCUGGCAGAACUGGACUUACGAGGUGAAAGUAUCAACCGAGGACUUUCCUGAAAUCACUCGGAUUUUCUCUAAUAUAAGUGGGACCGUGCUUAACGUGCCUGAGCUGCAGAGUGCUGCAAGAUACAAGGUUUCUGUGAGAGCCGGUUCUCCCAAGGGGCCAGGCCCUUGGUCGGAGCCCUUGGUGGGCACCACUCUGGUGCCAGCUUCAGAACCACCGUUUAUCAUGGCUGUGAAAGAAGAUGGGCUUUGGAGUAAGCCAUUAAAUAGCUUUGGCCCAGGAGAGUUCCUGUCCUCUGAUAUAGGAAAUGUGUCAGACAUGGACUGGUAUAACAACAGCCUCUACUACAGCGACACGAAAGGUGAUGUUCAUGUGUGGCUGCUGAAUGGGACGGAUAUCUCAGAGAAUUAUCGCAUACCCAACAUUGCAGGAGCAGGGGCUUUAGCUUUUGAUUGGCUGGGUCAAUUUCUCUACUGGGCUGGAAGGACGUAUGUGAUACAAAGGCAGUCUCUGUUGACAGGGCACACGGACAUUGUGACCCAUGUGAAGUUGCUGGUGAACGACAUGGCGGUGGAUUCGGUCCGAGGAUAUCUCUAUUGGACCACACUACACUCAGUGGAAAGCACCAGGCUAAACGGAGAAAGUUCCCUUGUAAUACAGGCACAGCCUUGGUUUUCUGGGAAAAAGGUAGUUGCUCUAACUUUAGACCUUAGUGAUGGGCUCCUGUAUUGGUUGGUUCAAGACAGUCAAUGCAUUCACCUGUACACAGCUGUUCUUCGAGGGUGGAGUGCUGGAGAUAUCAACAUCACGGAGUUUGCAGCCUGGAGUACUUCUGAAAUUUCCCAGAAUACACUGAUGUACUAUAGUGGUCGGCUCUUCUGGAUCAAUGGCUUUAGGAUUAUCACAGCUCAGGAAAUAAGUCAGAGAACCAGUGUCUCUGUUUUGGAACCAGCCAAAUUUAAUCAGUUCACAAUCAUUCAGACAUCCCUCAAGCCUCUGCCAAGGAACUUUUCUGUUACCCCCAAGGUUAUCCCAGAUCCUGUUCAAGAAUCUUCCUUUAGGAUUGAAGGAAAUGCUUCAAGUUUUCAAAUCCUGUGGAAUGCUCCCCCAGCAGUGGAUUGGGGUAUAAUUUUCUACAGUGUGGAUUUCAGUUCUCAUUCUAAGUUCCUGGCUAGUGAGCAGCAGCUUUCGCCUGUAUUUACUGUGGAAGGGCUGGAGCCCUAUGCCUUAUUUAAUCUCUCUGUCACUCCUUAUACGUACUGGGGAAAGGGCCCCCAAACAUCUCUGUCACUUCGAGCACCUGAAACAGUUCCGUCGGCACCCCAGAAUCCCAGGAUAUUUAUAUUACCAAGUGGGAAAUACCAUAACCAGAACGAGGUUGUGGUGGAAUUUAGAUGGAAUAAGCCUAAGCAUGAAAACGGUGUGUUAACGAGAUUUGAAAUGUUCUAUCAAAUAUCCAACCAGAGAGACACAAAUAAAACAUUUGAAGACUGGAUGGCUGUCAAUGCAACCCCCUCAGAGAUGUCUUUUCAGCUUGAAGGCAUGAGUCCCGGGUACACUGUUGCCUUCCAGGUUCGAGCCUUCACAUCCAAAGGACCUGGACCAUUUUCUGACACAGUAAAGUCCAGAACCUCAGAAAUCAACCCAUUUCCAUAUCUCAUGACUCUUUUUGACAGCAAGAUCGUUUUAUUAGAUAUGGAUCAAAAUCACGUUGCAUGGACAUUUUCAGCAGAAGGAGACAUCAGUACCAUGGGCUACACAGCUGAUAAUGGAAUGGGAUAUUAUGCUCAAGGAGACUCACUCUGCCUUCUGAACAUGCACAACAGAUCCAGCUCUGAGAUUUUCCGAGAUGCACUGGUCUUUGAUAUCACAAUUAUUACAAUUGACUGGAUUUCAAGGCAUCUCUACUUUGUGCUAGAAGAAUCACAAAAUGGCAUGCAAAUAUUUGAUGUUGAUCUUGAACACAAGGUGAAGUACCCCAGAAAGCUGGACAUUUGCAAUAGAAAUUCAACAAUAAUCUCUUUUUCUGUAUAUCCUUUUUUAAGUCGCCUGUAUUGGACAGAAGUUUCCGAUUUGGGCCCCCAGAUGUUCUACUACAGUAUUAUCAACCAGACCUUGAGUCACAUUCUUCCACCCACAGCCACAAACCAUUCAAAUGGAAGGAAACAGUGUUUUUGCAGCAUUACUCAAUUCGAGUUUAGUGGAGCAAUGACUAUUGACACCUCUGAUCUAGAGAGACCACAGAUAUAUUUUGUCAAAGGGCAAGAGAUCUGGGCCAUGGAUCUGGAAGGAUGUCGGUGUUGGCGAGUUAUCAUGGUGCCUACUCUGCUUGCAGGAGAAAUGCUUGAAAGUUUAACUGUGGAUAGGGAAUUUCUCUACUGGAUCUCCUCAGCAAAGGACAGCACACAGAUUUAUCAAGCAAAGAAAAGCAAUGGGGCCAUCCUCUCCCAGGUGAAGGCCCAAGGGAGUAAGCAUAUCUUGGCUUACAGUUCAGUUCUGCAGCCUUUUCCAGAUAAAGCAUUACUGUGUCUAGCUUCAGAUGUCGCAGAGCCAACUAUACUUAACACCACUAACAGCAGCCUCACAAUCCGAUUACCGCCCACCAGGGCAAAUCUCACGUGGCACAGCAUCACUUGCCCUACUCCAACAUACCUGGUUUAUUACCAAGAAGUUAAUGGCGGGAAAAAUAGCUCUGGGCUGAAAUAUAAAAUGCUGGAAUUUCAGGAGAGGAUAGCGUUUAUUGAAGGUUUACAACCAUUUUCAACAUAUGUGAUACAGACAGCUGUAAAGAAUUAUUAUUCAGAUGCUGUGGAACAGUUACCUCUGGGAAAGGAGAUUUGGGGAAAAACUAAAAGUGGAGUGCCAGAAGCAGUUAGGCUCAUUAACACAACUGUGCAGUCAGACACCCGCCUACUUGUAUCCUGGGAAGAAUCUCACAAGCCAAAUGGACCUAUGGAGUCAGUUCGCUAUCAGCUGGAAAUCUCACAUCUGGCCCUAAUUCCAGAGACUCCUCUAAGACAAAGUGAAUAUCCAAAUGGAAAACUCUCUCUCCUUGUUACUAGACUAUCUGGUGGAAAACCGUAUGUGUUAAAGGUUCUGGCCUGCCAUGCUGAGGAAAUGUGGUGUGCCGAGAGUCAUCCUGUCACUGUCAAAAUGUUUGACACACCAGAGAAACCCUGUGCCUUGGUUCCAGAGAACACUAGUUUGCAAUUAGAAUGGAAGGCUCCAUCUAAUGUUAACCUCAUCAGAUUUUGGUUUGAACUCCAGAAGUGGAAGUAUAAUGAGUUUUACCGUGUGAACACUUCAUGCAUCCAAGGCCCUACUUAUGUCUGUAGCAUCACAGAUCUACAACCUUAUAUGUCCUAUAACAUCCGCGUAGUGGUGGUUUAUUGGACAGGAGAAAAUAGCACCUCACUCCCAGAAAGCUUUAAGACAAAAGCUGGAGUCCCAAGUAAACCAGGCAUUCCAAAAUUAUUAGAAGGGAGUAAAGAUUCAAUACAGUGGGAAAAAGCUGAAGAUAAUGGAAGCCGGCUUAUGUACUAUGUCCUUGAGGUCAGAAAGGGUACUUCAAAUGAUUCACAGAACCAGAAUUUAAUGUGGAGGAUGGCAUAUAAUGGAUCCUGCGGUAGUAUUUGCACAUGGAAGUCCAAAAACCUGAAAGGAACAUUCCAGUUCAGAGUGGUAGCUGCAAAUAAUCUGGGAUUUGGUGACUAUAGUGGAAUCAGUGAGAAUAUUAUAUUAGUUGGAGAUGGUUUUUGGAUAUCAGAAAGAAGCUUUAUACUUAUUAUUAUAAUUGGAAUAUUUCUGGUUGUUAUAAUCUCAUUGAUUUUUGUCUGGCAUAGAAAAUUAAAGAAGCAAGAAACUCCCACGGAAGGGCUGACGGGUCUCAUACACGAAGACAAAGAGUUGGCUGAACUUCGAGGGCUGGCCGCUGGAGUAGGACUGGCUAAUGCCUGCUAUGCGAUACAUACUCUUCCAACCCAAGAGGAGAUUGAAAGUCUUCCUGCCUUCCCUCGGGAAAAACUGACUCUGCGUCUCCUGUUGGGAAGCGGGGCCUUUGGAGAAGUGUAUGAAGGGACAGCAGUAGACAUCUUAGGGGCUGGAAGUGGAGAAACCAAAGUAGCAGUGAAGACUUUGAAGAAGGGCUCCACAGACCAGGAGAAGAUUGAAUUCCUGAAAGAGGCACAUCUGAUGAGCAAAUUUAACCAUCCCAACAUUCUGAAGCAGCUUGGAGUUUGUCUGCUGAAUGAACCCCAGUACAUUAUCCUGGAACUGAUGGAAGGAGGAGACCUUCUUACCUAUUUGCGUAAAGCCCGGAUGACAAAGUUUCAUGGUCCUUUACUCACCUUGGUUGACCUUGUAGAUCUGUGUGUGGAUAUUUCAAAAGGUUGUGUCUACUUGGAACAGAUGCACUUCAUUCACAGGGAUCUGGCAGCUCGGAAUUGCCUUGUCUCUGUGAAAGACUAUACCAGUCCAUCACGGGUAGUGAAGAUUGGGGACUUUGGACUUGCAAGGGACAUCUAUAAAAAUGAUUAUUAUAGAAAGAGAGGGGAAGGCCUACUCCCCGUUCGGUGGAUGGCUCCAGAAAGUUUGAUGGAUGGAAUCUUCACUACUCAGUCUGACGUAUGGUCUUUUGGAAUUCUGAUUUGGGAGAUUUUAACUCUUGGUCAUCAGCCUUAUCCAGCUCAUUCCAACCUUGAUGUUUUAAACUAUGUGCAAACAGGAGGGAGACUGCAGCCACCGAGAAAUUGUCCUGAUGAUUUGUGGAAUCUGUUGACCCAAUGCUGGGCUCAAGAACCUGACCAAAGACCUACUUUCCACAGAAUACAAGAUGAGCUUCAGUUAUUCAAAAAUGUUUCCUUAAAUAGUAUUUCUCAAUGCAGAGAAGAAACAGACCCCAGUGGAGUCAUAAAUGAGGGCUUUGAAUAUGAAGAUGGCAGUGUGAUCUGUUUGAAUUCAGGUGACGUUACGUCAGUUGCUUUAAUGGAAACCAAGAACCAAGAAGGGUUAAACUAUAUGGUACUUGCUACAGAGUGUAGCCAAGGUGAAGGAAAUUCUGAGGGUCCUCUAGGCUCCAAGGAAUCUGAAUCUUGUGGUCUGAGGAAAGAAGAGAUGGAACCACAUGCAGACAAAGAUAUCUGCCAAGAAAAACAAGUGGCUUACUGCCCUCCUGGCAAGCCCGAAGGCCUGAACUAUGCCUGUCUCACUCACAGUGGAUAUAGAGAUGGGUCUGAUUAA